AUGGUGGCCUUGGUUGCCCUGGCCGUGGCAGCUGACACCGUAGAUGCUUCGAGGAAAGUGGGCAGUACUACCAAGCCAUCGCCAGCAGAUCAGCAGGUUGUGUUUUGUAACAUGACGCAGGAAGGGCUCCAGGCGUGCAAGCCGUCGGUCACAAAGCCCAAUCCGGUCGACCCGCCGGCCCUGGCCUGCUGCCAAGCACUGGGAAGAGCCGACUUGAAGUGCCUGUGCUCUUACAAGAACUCCUUCGUCCUGCCUUCCCUUGGCAUCGACCCUGACCUGGCCAUGGCUCUGCCUCAGAAAUGCAACCUCCCUUCCCUGCCGCAGUGUUGA